AUGCCGACCUGCGCCGACCUCGGCAUCGAGCAGCCGCAGCGCGCAGACGGUGGCGGGGCGGCGCGAGGCUGCGACCGGGCGAGGGCCGCGCGGGCCGCCGAGCCAUCUCCCAAGACCGGCGAGGCUCCGCCCUGCCCACCACGGCGCGUCCGCCCAGCAGCUGCGCGUCCGCCCUGCCCACCACGGCGCGUCCGCCCAGCGAGUUGCGCGUCCCCCCGCCCACCACGGCGCGAGGCUGCGACCGUGCGAGGGCCGCGCGGCCCGCCAGGCCAUCUCCCAACAUCCGCGCAUCUGCCGGCCCCGUCCACGCCCAAGCCGCGCCGGCAGCCCCCGGUUUCGCCCUCGCGCGCCGUGGCGGCGCCCGUCGCUGCCGCUCUCGCGCGUCGCUUGGUUCUCGCGAGGCAAGCCUCCGCGCGGCGCGGCCAGGACGGCGCGGCCCUCGGCGAGGCGAGCCUCCGCGCGGACGAGACGGCGUGGCGGGCGGCGCUAGGGGCGCGGGGCCAGGACGACGCAGCCCCGGCGAGGCGAGCCCCCGCGCGGCGUGGCCGGGCGACAAGCCCGGCGCGGCCGGGACGGCGUGGCGGGCUGGGCGAGCCCCCGCGCGGCAGGACGGCGUGGCGGGCGGCGCGGGCGUGUCUUGGCCAUGGCGGGCAGGGCGGCGCGGCCGUGGCUCGGCCAUGGCAGGCUCCCAUACUACUACUAGUUGUCCAAGAACCAGCCCCGGCGAGCUCGCCCCGCCCCGCCCCGUCGAGCCUCGGCCCGGCAGCCUCGAGCCUCAGCCUAGCGCGCUCCGCGCGUGCCCGUCCUGCCACACCCUGGCGCGCCCCGCCCGCGUCGACCUCCGCCACGGCAAGCUCCGCUCCGGCAGGCCCCGCCCGCAUCGACCUCCGCCCCGGCGAGGACGGUUCCGCCACCGCCCGUGCGUGCCCGCCCGUGGCCGACGCGGCCGGCGCCGCCCCUUCUCGUGCCCGUGGCCGCAUCCACCGAGCUUCAGCUGCUGCUCGUGCCCGUGGCCAGCGCCGCCUCGCCCUCGCCCGUGCCCGCGCGUGGCCGACGCGGCCGGCGGCGCCCCGCCCGUGCCUCGCGCGGCCGGCUCCGCCACCGCACGGACAACUCCGUCCCGCUCCACCCUCGCUGCCGACGCCCGCCCCCGCGUCGGAGACGCCCACCUAG